AUGGGACAAGGAAAAGGAGAAGGAGGAGAGGCAAAAGAUGUCGGCCGCUUCUCUUUUUUCCCCCACUCUCAUGAGAUACUUGUGGGAGUUUCUAAAAGACUGAAAGGAAAAGCGGGGUAUUUGCCCCAAAAUGUCCCCCUGCAGAUGAUCUCAUAUUUGUCUCAGGAGACUGAGUUUCUGCCGUGGCACGCUGCAAGUCGAGCUCUUUACCAGCUGGACAAACUCCUUGACCGCACUGAAGACCACAGCUUGUUCAGCGACUAUGUUCUAAGACAGGUGGAACCGAAGUAUCACAAGUUGGGCUGGCCAGCCACUUCCCCUGAGGGCUCCUACAUGCAGGCAGCUUAUCAGACCGAAGAGCUACAGAGAGAGGUAAUGAUGCUGGCCUGCAGUUUUGGAAACAAACACUGUCACCGUCAGGCUGUUUCUCUUAUUUCAGACUGGAUUUCCAGCAACAAGAACAGGAUUCCACCCAACGUGCGGGACAUUGUGUACUGCACAGGUGUUUCUCUGAUGGAUGAGGACGUGUGGGAGUUUAUCUGGAUGAAGUUUCACUCCUCUACAGCCAUCUCUGAGAAGAAGGUUCUUCUGGAGGCUUUGACCUGCAGUGACAACAUCUUCCUGCUCAACAGGCUCCUGAAUCUGUCCCUCACCUCUGACCUGGUGCCGGAUCAGGACGUGAUUGAUGUCAUCAUACAUGUGGGCCGCAAUCCGCUUGGAAGACAUUUAGCGUGGAGAUAUUUCCGCGAGAAGUGGGACAUAUUGAAUUCCAGGUAUGGAGAGGCCUUAUUUAUGAACUCAAAAUUAAUCAGCGGCGUGACAGAGUUUCUCAACACUGAGGCCGAGUUGAAUGAGCUGAAAGAGUUCAUCCUGACCAGCGGGGGAGAGUCAGCACCUGCAUUCGCUCGAGCCGUUGAGAUCGUUCAAGCUAAUGUAAAAUGGCACGUCCUGUUCCAGCAACAGUUCUACCGGUGGCUGCAGAAAGCUCUUGAUGGUUAGCCUCUAUUAGCAUGGAAAUCCUAUUAGACAUUUCCAGGCCAGAGGCGUGAGGACACUUACGUGAAAUUAAAAAUAAAACAUUUACGGACUCUGAGAAAUUGGAGCAAAAUUGAACUUCUGCUUCUCUGCUGUUUAUGAAACAACCAAGCACUGACAGACCAAGAUGAAUUCGCAGAGAACAGCGCCGCCCUCUUGGCCAGCCCAGUCACUGCACAAAAGACAAUUUAAGGUGGAGGAAAAGGACAACUUGUAGAAAAUUCAUUGAAGAAAUUGCAUCACUCAAUAUAGUAACUGAUGGAAUGAAAUUUGCACUUUUGAUUUAACAAGAACCAAUUAAGUUUCAUUUUACACUAGAGCAUACAUGUGGAUUGGCUUGAUUGGACUGCUAAAUCAUUUUUAACGUGAUUUGAUCCUCUUUUUAUCCAAAUUUUAUUCAUAUGAAAUAUAAAUUAUUUUUAAAACAUAAUCUUGACAAGUAGUUUUUGAAAAUGCCCGUCUUUCCCUGAUUCAGUCAAAUUUAGGAGCUGUUCAUGUAAUUUUAUUAACUACAAAAGAGAGAAAAUGUCUAUGAAGGGACUUUGUCUACACUCUGCAUUCCCUCCCCAAAGACUGCUGCUGUUCUGAAAUGGAACAGAAACGCUUUUCAAAGUUUAAAUUUCAGUGAUAAGCUGCUCUUUGCUUUCCUUGCACAAUCACACCAUUUUAUUGAUUUAUAUUUUGUACGAUAUCAAAUGAGGCCAUAUCUACCUUCAUCAAUCAGUUAAAUAAAGGUAACUGCAGGUCAUGAGAGGAUCAAGAACAGGCCAUUGUCAUUUGUCUGUUAUCAUGGACAAACACAUGCAGGCUUGUCUGAUUAUGGGUCGAUAUUUAUUAAGGAAUUCUUAAAGGUGCCUAUCUCUGUUGUCUUGGGUCAGUAGUGUAUUGAAGAUGGAGAUUCUAUAAUAUUGACACAUGAUAAUUAUAUAACUUGAAGGUUAUGCAUAUACAUGUAUGCUGGUUUAUGUGUAUAUAUUUAUACAACGUUAAAUAACAUGGGUCAAUGAUGUGGCUUUUUUGUGUUUGUUUCAAGUUUUUUGGGAAUUAAAGGGAUAGUUCAUCCAAAAAUGAAAAUUCUGUCAUCAUUUACUCACCCUUAUGUUGUCCCAUGCGCCUUUUAUCUUUGGAAUUAAAAAGAGAUUUUUAUUUUUAUUUUUUAAAUAUAUUUUCUUAUGAUUUUUGUCUUAUAAAGAGGCACGAUUGCUUUAUGAUAAACAGAUUAAUUUAAGUUUUUAUUCCCAUUUAACCAUUGACCAACACAAAUAAAGCUCAUUAGUAUGGUUGAAGCUCAACUGUGUGCUUGACGUGCAAGAACAAACCUCAGUGAAUUUCAUCCAUCAAGAAAGCAAAUGAUGAAAUAUUUUUAUUUUUUAUUUUUUGGAUGAACUAUCACUUUAAGUUAUUUAAAAGUACUGUAUAUUGAUGCAGUUUACACAGACAAUGGCCUAAAUGCUGAACUUCUGUGAUGAAAGUGUGCAAAUUCGGAAUUAAAAUGAAUUUUGAAAUUUUUUGUGAAUAUUAAAAUAAAACCUGUCAAGGUGGUGUAACCAUUAAAAGAUGUAUUUUAUUUUUAAAUA